AUGGGAGAAAUUGUCAAAUCCAAUUAUGAACCAGGUUGCAUUUCCAUCGACGUGGAACAGCCUUCUGUUGUCAACGAAAAUCCAAAUAAAAAAUGGCCAACAAAAUACCUAAUGAUUGCCCUUCCAACACUUCUCGUCAUAAUUCUCGGGUUGAUUGCUGUUUCCUUAUUUCUUGUUCUGACAGAAAGUGAAAGCACUUUUCCCGCCGGGCAAGCAACUGAGCGUCUCUUCCAGGCACCAAAACGAGCCACUCCUCACCCUACAAUAGCUCCCACAUCGCAAUUUCCUUCCUCAUCUCCCACCACGAUGAGUCCUACUCCUUCUCCGACAGGCUUUGAGCGUGGCAUUCGUGAAUUCUUAUCCCAACAGGAUGGGAAUGCCAAUCGAGACGUGGAAAAGGCAAAAAAGGCAAUCGAUUGGUUAUUGGAGGAAGCAGCCGUGGCUCAAUCUGCCAUAUCGCCAUUCAAUCAAAAGUUCUUGCAACGAUAUGGCAUUUUGAUUCUCUACUUUUCCGUCUUUACCGAUCAAAACACGGAGCCAGGUAGUCCCAAUAAUAAUACUCCUCUACCCAAUAUGGGGAUGCAAAACCAAAACGAAUGCGAUUGGGAAGGAAUGACGUGUGAUGAAAAUGGAAUGUUGACCGGAAUCAAACUAGCCAAUCGACAACUGGAUGGUUCGCUGCCUUCUGAAUGGAGUUUCUUUCCAAAUCUCAAAUCCAUUGAGUUUUACAAGAAUACCUUGCAAGGUAGCAUUCCAGAAGAGUUGUUUGAUCUCGUAGGAUUGGAACAAGUAUUCUUGUAUCACAAUCAAUUCACGGGGAGUAUCAGCUCCAAGAUUGGCCAAUUGUGGAAUCUUACAAAUUUCGAUGUUAGCCACAAUAAGCUGAGUGGGUCUUUGCCACCUGAGUUGUCAUCAAAGGGAGACAGGAUUCGUCAGAUUCGUUACUUCAAUAUUCAUCGGAAUCAAAUGACUGGUGUCAUUCCUUCCAACAUGCGAUUGCGCCAAAUGUUUUACAUGGAUUUGGGGUUCAAUAGAAUUAGCGGGACGUUACCUCAGGAGUUUGGCGAUCAGGCUGUCAGAUUGAGACAUUUAUUUCUGGAUCAUAAUGAAUUCCUUGGUACUUUACCAGAGUCAUAUGUAGUCGCCGGUCAACGCCGUAUCAAAACACUCUUUGUGAAUGACAACAACCUCUCUGGUGUCUUUCCUGGAAAUGCCACACUCUUUCAGAAAAUGCAGGAACUGAAGACUACAAACAACCACUUUGAUGCGUGUAAUAUGGGUUUCUAUCCGGAUGAACCACGCAUUGAAUUGAAAACAGACUGUGAUAUUUGCAAAUGCCGAAGACUUUUCAUGUGCCGAUUCUGCAAAGAUCAUCCACGACGAUCACUUUUGAGGCAUCAAAUGGAAUGA